AGGUGUCCAGUAGGGGUCACUAUUGUGUAACAUUUCACAUAAUAUCAGUAGGAACCUUCCUUCGGGGUAACAGGUGUUGCUGGAGGGAAAGUGCGCACACUGUUUUUUGACCGCUGUUUGGAUUCUUGCUUUGUGGAAAUGAAGACAAGCUCCCAGAAGACCAAGAUUUUUUCUUAUUGGAAUACAGAGAGCUCUACAUUUUUAAUGGUUGUAAGGAUGCAGAUUUACCUGACUGAUAUUGUCAGGGGGCUGAAUGAAGUGGAGACCCCACUAACUUUUGGAGAUCCCAUCCGUCUCACCGUCACACCAAAAGAUGUACCUGAUACUCCUCCAAUACUGUCCAUUCUGUCCCCGGUAGAACCCGAUGGACAAGAUAUUUGUCUGGCCGCCGGGUUCUUUCCUAAAGAUAAGUCCAUGAUUCUAAAUGAAGAUCCUACAGACAGUUUGAAAACCGAAAAUGCUGCCUUGUCAACAAGCACUAAAACUUAUUAUUAUGCUGGUUUUAAACAAAAAAGUAUUACACAUUGCAAAAUUGAUCAAGUUGAGGCAACUCCGGACAGUCCCGUGACAGGUAAAGAUGAGAAAGACAAUUCCCAGACUCCAAAGACUUGUCCAACAAAAGCUCCUGGUAAUUCUCCCUCUGUGUCAACAGACACUGGUAAUCCUAAAACGAACUCCAUGACCCUACUUGUGACAGGUCUGAGAAUUCUGCUUGCUAAAUGUGUUGCAAUCAAUGUAUUGAUGUCUGUCAAAGCAUUUCUAGUUUGAGGUAAAAUUUGUUAAUUAUGAAUUUUAGUAGAAUCUGAACAAUUUGGGACGUUUCUACACAGAUAAGGGUGUUUAUAGCAAGCCACAAUGUCAAUAUUUGCAACUCUUUGGUAAUUAAUGUUACAUAAAGGAAAAUUAUAUGUAGAUCAAAUAAAAUGUGUUUUGUAGACUCUCUUGACAUUUAGAUUAAUUUCUGAGCUAUAGUAAAAAUUAUGCUUUGCAAUGCUUUCAUUUUUUAUAUAUGCAUUUUAAGACUGUUACAAACAAGUUGAAGGUAGAAAAAGUAGGAUGUUACUUUUUUUGUAUUUUUUCCAAAAUGUCACAGUAUAAUUUUACAAUUAUUACACAGCGAUGUUACAGAUUUUUCACUAUUGUCAUUGUCUAUUAACAUUGUCAGAUUGUUUAAUCAUUUUACUUGUAAUAUUAUCAUGCCAAAAAAAUAUAAAAUAAUAAAAUGCAUUUAUGAAGGUGAAGUUUCAUAUGAGUAUGUCUAAACCACAGUUUCAACAGCACAUAUGUGGCAGAGACACACUCAACCCACACUUUCAGAUUAAGAUCUACUGCUCGCUUUGGCUUCCAAGAAACUCUGCGUUUUAAAAAAAAAUUUCCACUGUGUGCAUAGAGAGCGAGACAGCUGUAAACAAGCCUUAAAGCCUAACACCACAGUUUUUUGUAGUAUUUAUAAUAUAUUACACAACUUUAACUGAAAUUGAUAAAAACAAUUCUGCCACAAAAAAAUGGUCAAACCACUUUUUUUAGACCACUGAUUACAUUUAAGAUGUUAGGUUAGUAUAUUAGUCUUGUGAGACAUCAAGGUAUAUUUUUAUCUUCAAAUCACUGAAUUUAUACCAAAUGUAUAAAAGUAUUCAUUCUUUAAUUCAUUUUUAUUAAGAGAAGCAUGGACAUCACAUUUUUUGUUGUUUGCACAAUAAUACUUAAUUCUCUGUAACUGGAAUCUGUUGUACACAGAUGUGGAUAAUUACAGUGCUUUAUGUUAAAAAAAUGGUUAUUAUAUUUAUUGGUUUUUCCUAACCCAAAAAUGCAAGCCAAACCAAUGCUCGGGUUUUAGGAGGUUAAAAUAGUCAGCUUUUGGUAGUUUACUUGUAAUUGAUUAUGAAUUAUACUGCCUUCUUGUGGUGUUUACUGGAAUGUUGCACAGCAAUUCUGAAUGUUCUUCUUUGUAGACUUCAGUGACCCCUAGUGGAAAAAUAUUAGUACUACAGUACCAAAUUAUUACUUGGCAGUUUGCAGGGCAGGGCUUAUACUAGACUAAAAUGCAUGUUUCAGCUCCCUCUAUUUUAAAAACACAUUGCCCUGAUAUAUCUUCUAUAUAAAUGCCAUUGUUUUGUCUUAAAAUUCACACCAGUAUUGUCUUUUUGUAAGGUAUGUUUGUAAAAACUACUUUAAUGUCCUGAUAUAACUAAGGCCUAAUCCUGGAUUAUUCUAACCUGGUCCUGGAAACUGACCAACAGUAUUUCAAACAAGUUAUAUUAUUAACAAAUACUUUAUAAUUAGGUUUAAUUUUAAAUUAGGUAACAAAUUAACAAUAUACAGUACUGUGCAAAAGUCUUAGGGCACCAUGCUACCAUUAGAUUUGUUGUUUUUGCAAUUGUAUAGUGAUCAUAUAUAAUUAUUUCUCAGGAAAUGUGUAUGUAGUAUUAAAAACUGUAUAAGCUGUAUUUAGGGUAAACUCCCCUUCCACUUGAGCAAUAGCAGGCAAACUGCAGGAUCUCUUAAACCUAAAUGAAAUUAAAUCCUAAUUUCUAAUUCUAAUCAAAUGACUUCAGUAUCCUCAUAAAAGCUCAAGAUGUGUUUCGUGCCAAGAGAGGUCACACUAAAUACUGACUGAUGCCUGAAGAAGACAUUUACUACUGAAAAUUGUUUUGUUUUUAAUUUUGUGUAUAUUUCCUGUAUUUUCUGUUUGUAUUUUAAAAAAAGUGAAAAAUAAAUAUGAAUGGACAUUAAAACUUUGCUAAAACAACAAAGCUGGUGAUGGCGGCCUAAGACUCUUGCACCGUGCUCUAUUUUCACAGCAUUUUAAAAACUUUGUAUGCUAGUUAAUAUACCAACACUGUUGUUUAUUGUUUGUUUUAACAAUAACUAAUAUUAACAGACACAACUUUUAUGUUAAAAGUGUAUAAGUAAGUGCUGAAAUGAACAUUUACUAAAAUUAAUAAAUGCAUAGAAGUAUUGAUCAUUGUAAAAAAAUUCUGUAGAAAUUGCAGCUGGGUUGCCGGUAAC